CCAUUUCUGAAUCCUUCCUCCUGUGCAACGCAUUAACUGUUGACAACCUUCCUUCCCCUGGUUGCUUGCUGCAUGUUUUAUUUACUGAAGAGGUAGUAGAGGUAGAGGUAGCCCCAGAGGCAGCUCCUGAACCGGAGCCUGAGCCUGAGCAAGAACCAGUGCCAGAGCCAGAACCAGAGCCAGAGCCAGAAAAACAGCCAGAACCAGAACCAGAGCCAGAACCAGAACAAGAGAUGCAUGAGGAAGAGGCCUAUGAAGAGGAAGUGGACGAAGGAGAACAAGAUGAGGAGAAGCCAAAGUUCAAACCAAGUGCACCAAAGAUCCCUGAUGGAGAUAAGGUGGACUUUGAUGACAUCCAGAAGAAGCGUCAGAACAAGGAUCUCGUCGAGCUGCAGGCCCUGAUUGAUGCCCACUUUGAGUGCAGGAAGAAGGAGGAGGAGGAACUUAUUGCUCUGAAAGACAGAAUCGAGAAACGUAGGUCUGAGAGGGCCGAGCAGCAGAGGAUCCGUGCAGAGAAGGACAAGGAGCGCCAGGCAAGACGCGAGGAAGAGAGGCUGAGGAAGGAGGAGGCUGAUGCUAAGAAGAAGGCAGAUGAUGACGCCAAGAAGAAGUCUGCCUUGUCUAGCAUGGGCUCUCAGUACAGCAGCUACCUGCAGAAGGCUGAUUCAAAGAGGGGAGGCAAGAAGCAAACUGAAAGGGAGAAGAAGAAGAAGAUUCUGGCAGACAGACGCAAGCCUCUGAACAUUGACCAUAUGAAUGAGGACAAGCUGAGAGAGAAAGCCAAAGAGCUGUGGGACUGGUUGUACUCCCUGGAGGCUGAGAAAUUCGAGCACAUGGAGAAACUCAAGAGGCAGAAGUAUGAGGUUACUACCCAGCGUAAGAGAGUGGAGGAGCUCAGUAAAUACUCCAAGAAGGGCGCCGCUGCUCGCCGCAGAAAGUAAGCGUUCAUGGAGAAAACUUCACUCGUGGUCAAGACAUGCCUGCUACCUGCAUCGCCGAGCUCAGCCUUCAUUCACCAGGCUGCUCUGAUCCCACCUGCGGUUUGCAGUUUACCAGAGGCUGUCCAAGGCAGUCUACCACAACCUGCGUAACAUUAACACUGUCUGGUCUUAGCAGUAGUUGCAGUAGGAAGUCCCCCCUUUCUCUGUCUUUAGGUUCUCACCUUCUGUUUUUGUAAAUAAUGUUUGGCUCGCCAGCUUUAUCUGUUGUAUCUGGCAGUUCAAUAAACCUAUUCUUCAAGACUGAUUAACCAGAA